UAAUAUUGAGUAAGUGGGAGCAAAAACGCAUGCAAGUAAAGUACGACAGGCGACAGAUGUCCUUUCGAUGACGCAUCACAACAUGGAGAAUAAAGAAAUUUCUCCCACUUGUUUAAAAAUCACCCCAAACUCCCCAACGCAGAGAUAGCAAAAAUAUUACAGGCUAUUAUAGUGACGGUCGAAGUUUAGUUGCUGCUGUUGUUGUUGUUGUUAUUACUGAUCGUUUUUACAGUAUGUAAGUACGUCACGCUCAGUCAUACGUAUACACUUAUCUUGAGACAAAUGAAAAAAGACCACCUACAACUUUAAUUCAAGAUUAAAUGUGUCUGUGAUCCUGUCAUUGAUAAUUAUUUUUUUAUUUUAAAAUCUUAGCAUUAAAAAAUUGAUUUACAAACUCUUUAAAUUGUUCAAUAUUAUACAACAUACUGAAAAAUUGUCAAUUUUGUUUUAUAAUUUUUGUGAAAAAAGAAUUUAAAUUGAAAGACUUUGGUACUCUGGACCCGUGAGUACUUAUAAUCUCCGAUCUACUGGUCUAUAUUGUUGCGAGUAUAAAAAAGUAAAAGUAACAAAAUAAACAGACCAGAAUAUACUCAUAUAUAUUUAUAUAAAAAAUAAAAAAUGUGCGAAAUAUCAAAAAGCCAGCGGAGGACAUAUCGUGAUCAAGAUCCACCACGGAUUAUUAAAGACAAUGAUAGUGAAACCAGUAACGGGAAAAAUGAUUUUUCACCGAGUUCAGAAAAUAUAUCUACUGCAGUUUUCAGGAAGCAUCAGCAACAUCAGCAACAUCAGCAACAUCAGCAGCAGAGGUGGGAAGAGGCGUCGAUCUCAGCCAAACUCGCUCCCAACCGAGUUGUGGAUUCCACAGUCAGUUUGAAGCGAGACAACAACGCGAGUGUAAGUGUUGUUAAUAACGUUGCUUCAGUAAAAGUGCCUUCCUUAUCAUUACUAUCAUCAUCAUCAUCAUCAUCGUCGUCUUCAUCCUCAUCUUCUCCACUAUCACCGUUAUCAUCAUUACCAAUACCUCCACCACUACCGAGUGUUGCUGGAGCUACAGCUACAACAUCCGGAACUACUUUUAAAGAGAUAAUCAGAAACAACGACGGCCUUCAGAAAAAUCCCGAAAGCUGUGAGUCUAUAAUAAAUGGUAAAGAAAUGUCUCCAGUGAUGGGAGUACCUCCACCUCCACCUGCUCCUCACAUGAGUCCAGAUGGUUUAAUUUUACCCCGGAAGCCUUAUAAUCCGUGCCUCAUAUCUAAUAAUCACAAAGACCUUCGCAAAGAACUAUUAUUUAACCAAAAAAUUGGUAAAAGUGUUUUGAAUCAGAAAAGUGAACUUCAGAGAGCUUUAGAAAAACGUGAAGCCGUAUUAAGACGAGAGACCGUCAAAAAAUGUGAAGAAAAUUAUAAAGACGAUCCAAGAACGGCAUUACAAAGAGCACUUGAACAAAGAGCGCGACAAAUUGAGCUUAUGGAACAUCCUCCUGCAGCUGAACCACCGAAUCCAUUAGUAACUGCGAGAGCAAAAUUACGGACACGCACGGAUUCACAGUGAUGAGUAGUGAUGUGAUGAGAAAGGAAUAAUAAAGGCCAAUUGUCGAUUUGAUUGAAUUGUUACACUCUCUCCUAAGGUAGAGAGAACUAUCGAACAAAUCGACGAUUUAUAACGCGUUAAUGUGGUUAUUACAAUUUAAAUAAGUAUAUUAACUUAAUUGAAAAUAACAUUUUUCUACACGCAACAUUUUAAAAUGUAUAUAAUAUAAUAUAUGACAGUAGAAAUAAGUACUAAGACCAAGAUGGUACUCUACUAAAUUUUCAACUAAAAAAAAUGAAAAUAUCUUUUUUGAUAAAAAAAUAAUAAAGAUAAUGCUAUAUGUAUAUUACUAUAUUCUUAGUAACAAUUAUAUCGUAUGCAGAUUUAGCUUUUAACAAAGUUUUUUUUUUUUUUUUUU